AUGGCAUCUUUAUUAUUCCUGACUUCAUUUUGUUUGUUCAGUUUUCUUUUUUGUUCAACAUUACAUUGUGUUCGAAUCAAAAGUAUUGGAGAGAAUCAAAAUCAUUUGAAUCUUGGGCGUCACCAUGAACAUACAGCUCUCGGGGUCCCAAAUUCAAUCAUUUCUUUGGUUGACAUUUGUAAAGGAUUUUACCACGCUCGCACCCAAAAGGUUGUAUGUCUUCUCUGUAAAGGAUUCGACCUGUCAUGCCUAGUAACUGCAAAGCCAACAACACAUCCAAUAACAACAAUAUCUUCAACAACACCCAUAACUACAACUACCACUACGACCACACCUGGCACCGUUAGCACUGUUACUGCUACAACUGCAGCUCCCGCUGAAGAUAAGUAA